UUGUCGCUUCUGAAUUCUGUGUUGUCGUUGCCUGUCCCUCGACGCCGUCCCUGGACGUGCAUGUUUCUAGUUUCAAAUUUUAAGGGUUUAAAAAAGCAAAAUUAAUAGUGAUUAAAUGAAAUUAAUUGUGUGACUUGAUCCAUGUAGGCAUGUGAUAAUGCAUAGUGUAUAGUUACGGACAUGGAUGGCAUGAGAUCGUGCUCAAAUUACGAGGCCGGUUUUGACGCGUGUGAUCCGUUGGAUUCAGUUUUUGAGUGGUCUAGGAGAGGGCCGGCAAAGGUGUUGCGGCGGCGUUGCCGCAGCGAGGGCAUCGAUCGUUCUCCUUACGAGGAUGCAGCGCGCGAGUGCUCGCGCUCUGCAGACUUCGCAAAUCGCCAUCGCGUCCUUCCUAAUAAAAGCCAUUUCACUUUAAACAACAGCCACGAACAUCGUCAGCACAGAUUUACAUACGAGUGUUCUUUACCAUCUGCUCAAAACGGAGAUUUCAUAAUGGCUCACGAUUAUAAUCGUCAUGGGUAUCAACAAGGAAGAUCAAAGUAUCAUAGAUCAAGUCCAACAAGGCCUAUAGUAGUGACUACACUCUCUAAUUCAAAAGUUGAUGACCGUUUACCUAAAGUUGAAGAGCUGUUGGAGAGGGUUGACCAUGAAAUGAUGGAUGUUUCAUCUAAACAACCGCUAAAAUCCAUACUCAAUAAUUCAUUGCCAAAAUCACCUCCCCAUAGUAUUUUAAAGAAGCCAAAAGCUAAAAUGUAUCAGGACAAUAAAACUGAAGGGAGAAGGCGACAAAGAGCCUCUAGUGAAUCUGACAACUUUUACUGUAGUUUUCAUAUAAGUUCACCAAUGGCUGGCUAUGACAGUCAAUUGUCAUACUUAACCAAUAAUAUGAAAAGAGCAAAAGAUAACUCAGGAACUGGAUACUCGUAUGGUUCUGCUGUGGCCGCACUUAGCUCAGUACCUACAAACAAAAGUUUAAAUUUUAGCAAAGCUAGCAAGUGCUCCUGCAAGGACCAUGUUAUAGUAACUCCAAAGGAUGAUGUGUUCAAAAUGCAUCUGUUACGGACUACUGCCAUUAACAAUGAUACAGUAGAUGAUUUAUCCCUUGUGCCAACUCCACGUCAGGAUACUCCAACCAGACCGGCAGUCAGCCCCGCAUUACCUGUUAGUUCAGUGACGGCGAUACCAGAAAAGAAAUUGGUAAAAACCAAGAAAAAAUCAAAGACGAAAAAGAUGCGAUCCAAUAGUAAAGUGGACUGUAAUAUUAUUGAAGGGGAGGGUGAAGAUUCUCACAGCCGAUCGCCUUCCCCGGACCCAAUAACUGAAUCAUGGCGAAUGGAGACAGAUACAACGAAUUUAGAAAAGGUUGAAAAGCCUCAGAGGACUCGGUCGCCUGCUCAUAUAGAACAAAAUUCAGUCACUAAGAUCACAAACAAACUUAAUGGUACUGUUAUGUCGCCGAAGAAAGUAUUGUCUAAAGAAUCGCCGCUUAAUCUAACAGAAUCGCUAGGAAAUUGUCUUCGACCAUCCCUAUUUCCAAGAGUGCCACCAUACUUAAAGUUCGUAAGCCAUGAAGACACAACACCACUCAAAGUGCCGCCAGCGAUACAGAAACAUCUCAAAUGGAAGCUCACGACAAUUACGCCUAUAGUUGUCAAGAAGACCCUGGUUAAUUCUGGAUUUAGACUGGUCAAGAGUGAGUGUGAUACGGCGGAAUGUCCUCAAGAAGAAACGGUGGAGUGGAUAGGUAUUUGGGGUAAACACAUGAAAUCCUUAAUGUUCAGAGCAAUCAAAGACGGCCAGAAGAUGAAUCAUUUUCCUGGCACGUUUCAAAUUGGCAGAAAAGACAGAUUAUGGAGAAAUUUACAGAAAUUAUGCAAUAGGUUUGGCACAAAUGAAUUCGGUAUAAUGCCUAAGACAUAUGUGUUGCCUCACGAUUUGAAAAUACUCAAACACGAUUGGGAGAAAUAUGCAGCUAAUAAUGAGAGGUGGAUUAUAAAACCUCCGGCAUCAGCUCGCGGAACUGGAAUAAAGGUGGUAUCGCGUUGGGCCCAAAUACCAAAAAAGCGUCCCGUAGUGGUACAGCGAUAUGUGUCCAAGCCAUAUCUAAUCAAUGGUAGCAAGUUCGAUUUACGGUUAUACGUCCUUGUAACAUCCGUCCAUCCAUUACGGAUAUAUUUGUAUAAGGACGGCCUGGCGAGGUUCGCUUCAGUUAAAUACAAUUCAGAAUUAACGUCACUAAAUGACAGGUAUAUGCAUUUGACGAACUACUCAAUAAACAGAUUGUCAAAGAACUAUACGCCCAAUGAAGACUUUGCCGCGUGUGAGGGACAUAAGUGGACAUUACAAACCCUCUUCCAAUACUUAAAGACUGACAAGCACGUAGACACAGACGCACUAUGGGCGUCCAUUAAAGACCUGGUGAUCAAGACAAUAAUAUCCGGAGAAGGCAGCAUUAGCUCAUUGACGAAGGCCAAUAUUACUUCGAGAUACAACUGUUAUGAACUAUUUGGGAUUGAUGUUCUGCUUGAUGAGGAUCUCAAGCCUUGGUUGUUGGAGGUGAACAUUUCGCCCAGUUUGCACAGCGCAUCGCCUUUAGAUAUUCACGUAAAGGGUCCGCUGGUAUCCACAGUGCUCAAUAUAGCUCAGUUCCAAGUACCUAUUAAGACAAAUAUCGAGAUGCUUUCAAAGGAUAAACCAAAUAGAAUGGUCGGUCUGCCAUAUGACAGCAGGUUGUACACAGUAUAUCUAUCAAAGGAAGAAAGAGAUAAACACAUUAUAUAUACAAACAUGGAAGACCGGGAUAUGUACCUUCGAGACAUUCUCUCAACUUUGACACCGGACGACGUCCGUCAUCUCAUACAAGCCGAAGACGAGUUAACGCAAAGCGGGGAUAUGGAGCGUGUGUUCCCAAACAGAAACACUCACAAGUACCUAGGGUUCCUAGCUGGACCUAGGUAUUACAACCGGCUAUUUGACGCCUGGGAGUCGCGGUAUGGAGAUAGGAGGGAUUCGGGCAUCGAACUCCUCCGUAACCUGUGCGACAUAGGUUAUCACCUAGAAGUACCUCCAGUGCCUCUAAAGUGGCCGGCGGCUGAGCUGAGCGCGUUGGAUUGCAGAAUGAUGUCGAUGCGCCGUCUCCCGCGCCCUCCGAGCGGCCUUCAGUUCCGUCCGUUCCAUCGGGGCGCGGCUCCGCAGCAAUGCUCCCGUCAGUGUCCUCGACCACAGUUCCGGCAGUCCCCGCAGUUCCGGCGGUCUGUUCAGUUCCGUCGGCGUCAGUUCCGGCGCGCACCAGUUCGCCCGUCACCCGGCCUUGCGGCGACUCACUCGCCCCCCGCGCCCCGCCCGCACUCGAGCCGCGAGCCUAGCCCCCCCCACAUCGAUCUCAACAUGAACAAGUGCCACAUAGACAACGCCAGCGAGGAGUUGAAACAAUACUAAUACUGUUCUCCUGUACGCGUUUGUAAAUUCAAGUUACUUGACCAUACAAACCAAUGAUCAUAGCCAUUUUGUAGCACAAAUCCUUUCUAAUUUGACAGGUUUCAAAUUGAUUUGUUUAAUUUCAUUAGUCACUACUGAUAUUUACACAUUGUUAGAAUUAUAUAUUACUUUAAUUUUACAUUUUAUAGUUUACAUAGUACUGACAUGUGACAGGAAUGGAAUUAAACGGUGUCGACUUUCCGCAAUUGCACUUUUAUAGUUUUAUUAAAAACUAACGAAAAAUUUCAUAAUUCCUAGGAAUACAUUAAUUUUGGUUUGUUUGGUCGAUCACACUCUAUAGUUAAACUUUGCUUGAAACAUACAAUCUAAAUGUCGAUAAUUUACUAAUAAUACAUAGGAUAUACAGUUUCUAAAAAAAGAUAAGAUAAUAAAAAUGUUGUCUGAUAUGUUGACUAUUGUAUAUUUUUGGACUAGAAUACACGACGAAUUUAAGACUAUAUUUUAAAAUAAAACUCGAUAAUUACUUGGUCUUGAGUUCUAGUUCAAGUUAGCUAAGAGCUUAUAAAAUGUUUGUUGUGAAAAAAUACCCUGUUCAAUAAUUGACAUUCCUGAGUACAAACUGAAAAUUCAUUGUUACGAGACAAAAUUUAAGCUAAAUGCGAUUUAAAAUGUAAAAAACGCAAAAUAAAAUCACUGAGUUUUGACAUUUUGUAAAUUGGAAUGUCGAUAGAUUCAUCAAAUCAAUUUUCAUUACCUACAAAAUAAUAAUCCAAAACUACUAAACAUGUCACAGGGCUAUGAUAAGUUGACUGAGUUAUUUGUAGUAGUUAUUAUUUUUAAAUCGCCCUAGUCAUGGAAAUGAACAAUAUUAAUGUAUUUAUAUAUAUACUUAUACUGGUUUCCUCUGAAAUGCAACGAUUUGGGGGUAAAAAAUAGCAACGAAAAUUGAUUUGAUCUAAUAACAUUGUGUUCAAGAUACACUUAGUGUUGCUAGUGUAGUUUGUUUUAAGGAGAAACGUCGGAGUAUAUACGUAUGAAAUUCUGAAGAAAUUAAUUACUAAACUAUUACUUAAUUUUAAAUGGAUUUCAUAUAAAAUAUUUUUGGAAAAAAAAACUUCUGGGUAAGUAAGCAAGAACCUGGCAGUCAAAUAAAACUCGCAUUUAUCGUGCUUGCAAUAUUCAAAUUAUCACGAAUUAUAAUUUCGGCUGCCAGUUACUUACUAUUUUUUUUAGUGUUAAACUUGUAUUGUUAAUAAAUUUCGUCUCUUACACAUCUUUAACUUCGUUUUGUAGUUAUGACAUUCCUACAUUUCUGUGGCAUUUGUUUGGUUACAUUUACCAUUUGAUUAAAGUUGAACAAAAUAACCAUUGAUCUGGUUAAGAAAAUUAUCUAAGUGUCUUGUCUAAUUUUGGUCUGAUUUUAUGAAAUUAUAUGAAAGUGGAAACGAAAAA